UUCGGUGGCGGCGCUCACGGAGUGCAUGAUGAACAAAUCUCUGGCCCAGUUUUUCCGGGAGCGCCAGGCGUCUCUGAAGCGCUCCAUGCCUCUGGGCUCCUACCUGCUCAAACCGGUCCAGAGGAUCCUGAAGUACCACCUGCUGCUCCAGGAGAUCGCCAAGCACUUUGACCCUGAGGAGGAGGGCUAUGACGUGGUGGAGGAGGCCAUCUACACCAUGACGGGGGUGGCCUGGUACAUCAACGACAUGAAGAGGAAGCAUGAGCACGCCGUCCGGCUGCAGGAGGUCCAGUCCCUGCUGCUGAACUGGAAAGGCCAGGACCUCACCACCUACGGCGAGCUGGUUCUGGAGGGAAACUUCAAGGUUCCCCGGGCCAGACACGAGAGGACGCUCUUCCUGUUCGACCGCAUGCUGCUCAUCACCAAACGGCGCGGAGAGCACUACGUCUACAAGACGCACAUCUCUUCCUCCACGCUGCUGCUGAUCGAGAGCGCCAAAGACUCUCUGAGCUUCAGCGUGAGCCACUACAAACACAUCAAGCAGCCUCACACUGUGCAGGCAAAGACUGUGGAGGAGAAGAAGCUCUGGGCUCAUCACAUCAAACGCAUCAUUUUAGAGAACCACCCGGCAGCCAUCCCACAGAAGGCUAAAGAAGCGAUUCUGGAGAUGGAUUCCGUCUGUCCGGCCAGGUACCGUUACAGCCCCGAGCGGCUGAAGAAGGCGGUGAUGGAGGAGUUCCCCAGAGAGGCUCGUCAGGGCCGCAGACAGUCCGAACCGACCAAACAGAUGCUGAGGAGGACUGAAGCACCUCUGCAGCACGCCAACAGCGAGGACGCCUUGCCGGAUGACAGGCUCUCGCUGGAAGGCGGCAUCAGCAGCAGCGACCUGGGUGAGUUGGAUUGUGGCAGUCUUCUCCAGGAGGAGGGUUUCCCCAGCAUGGGGAGCUCAGCAGAGAGGCUGGGGUGCAGCAAAGAAGAGGUGGAGGAGGAGACGAGGCAGCUGGAUGAGUUCCUCCUAGAGGACAAGCAGGUGGCAGAGAGAGGAGGCUUCAUCUCCAGCACAGAAAACGGACAGUACUCUGCAGACGAACAGAACAGAGCAGAACCAGCACCUGAGCAGCCGCCAACAGAUACGUUGCCUGAAGAGAAGCUCUUGAAAGAAGCAGAACAGUCCUCUGAUCUUUCCGUUGUCCCUGAGGUCCCUCAGAUGUCUGAACAUCCAAACGCUGAUGAAGAUCCAGAACACAUUGACCUGCCCUCCUCUUCUGACGCCAAGACUCUGAGCAGUGGUGAAUCUUCUGAGGAAGAUGAGGGUGAAGUGGGAGAAGAGUCCACUUCUCCCAGUAUUCUACCAUCCUCGGUUCUGGACAAGGCCAGCGCCAUCGCUCAGCACUGCUCCAGCAGCAUCAGGAGAGGCAGCCUGGCCCAGGAUGAUGGCUGGUCUGUAGGAUGUCCGUCUCCUCGGUUACCCAGCAGAUCUGGCAGCAUGCUCAGCCUCAGGUCCGAGUCGGCCAACAGAUCGUUCCGGCUCAACAGCGACUUGUAUGAUCCUCUGGAACCUCUGGGUGGAACAGACUUGAGUCUGGUGUCCCCCCGAGAUGACGGUAUCUUGGAUCAAGACCGAAGCAUUCGGCGAAGACGGGAUUCCACCCUGUCCAAGCAGGACCUGCUGCUGAUUGGCAAAAUCAAAAAUUACUAUGAGAACGCUGGGAACCAGGACGCGGCGUUUAGCCUGCGGCGCAGGGAGAGUCUGACAUACAUCCCCUCAGGGUUGGUCCGCAGCUCCGUCAGCCGCUUUAACAGCAUACCGCGAGAUGAAGCCAUCCAGUCCAGCUCUGCCUCAGUCCAUCCUCAGGGUCCGGACCACGUCCCCACAGGUCCUGGACCCGCCACAAAUACAGAGACCACAGACCACAUGGUUUCUGGUCAGCCUGAGAAGUCUGAUCCGUUCAGAGAGAAGUUUGAAGAACAUCCCAGACGCAGUGAUGACAAUCUGCCAGGAGAAGAGUUAAGAUCUUCUUCUGAAAUGAUUAAGAUCUUGCAGGCAAAGGAGGGACAGAUAUCCAGGUCUCAAAUCGAAGACCGGGAGUCUAACCGGUCCAGGGACAUAGAAAAACCCUCCAGACCCGCUAGCAUCAGCAGGAGCUGUGACCCGGAGUGGGGAGUGUCUGCUCUGAGCGGCGUCGAGGACUCCACUAGUCCCCCAAGGACCAACAGUCGGACCCUGAGGUAUUUUGGAGAAGAAACUGUGACCCUCAGAGCCACAGCUCCUCGGGUGGUGCAGCUGAGAGCAGAGGCUACUGGGAAAGAACUGGCAGAGGAUUCGGACCAAAUGGACGAGCUGGACAGGGCAGAGAGUAAAGUCCGUCUUCUGGCGCGUCGGUACAGCCAGCGGAUCAGAUCUGCCAGUCCUGUGGGUCGGCAGGGAGGUAAGGCCGGUCUUUGCAACAAGAAGAGUCUGGCCUGUGUGUUUGAGGAGAAGGAGAGUUCAGGUAAACCCAACCUGACUCUGCCGCCGGUUUCUAAAAGCCAGUCCGCCGGCCUGCCUCUGAGCCCAGUGGACCCGUCCCCAGGGGCCGUGUCUCCAGGUCGGCCCUCCUCCCGCAGCCCCCUCAGCCCCCCUGCCCCCACCGAGGGCUUCAGCUGGCCAGAUGUUCGGGAGCUUCGCUCCAGAUACUCCAACGGUGGCCGGUCACUGAAGAAUCCGAUGAGUCGCAGCUCCACCGUCACGGAGAACAUGCUGGACGGGGGUCUCAGGAGGCAUUCCAGCGGCUCCUCCAGUCAUCUCCACUCCGAUCCCAGUGGAUGGUCCUCACGUAGGCCUCCAGGCAGCCAGGAGGAGCGCCCCAAUCGGCUCCAGAGAGCCAAUUCUCUGGAUCCUCGGCUGAAUUUGCACCAGACGGGGGAGCUGCAGAGGCUUCAGAGACAGGCCAGCCCGGACAUGGAGGAGGGUUACUACAUCGCAGCCGAGAGGCCGCUCACCGACGACCCGGAGCACAAGAUCAUCAUCAUGGAGAAGCUUCCAGAAGCUGGAAAAACAGCCUCUGAAUCCGAAGGGGAGGAUGACGGCAGAUACGUCCAGAUACGCUCGCCCACCAGCAGGGAGAAGAUCUCCAUCAUGGCCGUCCUCGACCGCUGCCGCGCCUACCAGGAGUCUGACGAGUACAAGCAAAGGGGCGACACCAAGAGGAGUCCUCAUGAGUCCACCAAGACCACCGCAGCAUCACUGGACCUGGAUGAGUCCCAGAAGACCAGAUCAGACCUUGGACAGAGGAACAUGGUGAAAAACCUGAGGGAACGUUUUCAGAGCCAGAGCUAAA